CAUUAAUCACCCUUAGCUUUUGGAACAUAUGUCGAAUUGUCAAUAAAAUCGAAAUUAUUAGUAAAUCCAAUUCUAGGACUAUGAAACGCAGAGCUCAAGGAAAAACUUCAUUUGCUUCCACCACUGAAUUCUUUUCACUCACCGAUAAGCUUUCGUUGGGGAAAGGUCGAGCCCUACCAGCUGCAAAGCUAAAGCGUCAGGAACAAAGUACAACGUCCUUUGACUCCGGUACAGGCUACUACUCUUACACUGACGCCACUUCUUUGCGAAAGAGUCCUAUCACCUUCUCACCUAGCCCAGAGUUCUUGCAAACCACCAAGACUAAACUAAAGUUAAUCGCCUUGUAUGAAGAUCACAAAUGCUUAUGGAAUCAGUGUAACAAAGAUUUCUUCAAUUUUGAGCUCAAGGACCGAAUCUGGGACGCGAUCGCCAAUGAAAUGAAAGUGGACUCCCCAUCUGGGUUUUGGAAACAUACGAUCCACAAGCUUCGCUAUAAAGUUGAUCUUGGGCGCAUCCAAGAGCAGGGCGCGAGGUUUUCUGGUGAAUCGCCGCAGCCAAGACUUUUUUAUUCAGAUAAACUCUUAUUUUUAAAUCACAUGUUUGACCGAGAACAGGGAAAACCCCUUCGAAAGAUUCCGAUGAACCUCAAGCAUUCGGGACCUACUCUUGAAACAAGUCCAUCUAGAAACCUGCGAAAUAUUCAAGAAAAUCCAAGCAAAGCUACACCUAUUAGAGAAAAGAUGGCGUCGCUUGAGAAGCUAAGAAAUCACCAAAACAGCAUGUUGGUUCUUUCCCGCGAAGCGUUUCAAAAAAUUCAAAUAUUGACAAGUUAGGGCCCCUAUUUCUUAAGAAAAGCAAAAAAUAGGCCGUAGGUCUCGGCUUGCAGAUACUUAAAAUAAAAAUGCAAUGCAAACACAUUUAAA